CAGCGCUAAAACCGUCAAAACGAACGCAGCCUCUGUGUAUAUACACGUGUGGUUUACGACUCGUAAGAUUAUUUACAAAACGAUGGCGUACGACUUAAAAAACGAAGAAGAUGUGAAGGAAUUCUUGAAGAAUCUUCAUACAGAGUAUCAAUUUGGUUGUUAUAGCGAGAAAAAAGCAAAUGUCUGCCACUUAUUAGGUGAUUAUUACGAAGCGAUAAAGCAAGAGAUGGAAAAGGCCGCUGCGAUAUACAAGGCAACCUGCGAUCAAUAUAAUUAUGCUAGAAGCUGUGCGAAAUUCGGUGAUUUCAAAGCAGUCGGUAAAGGUUGCAAGCGAGAUAUACCGACAGCAUACAAAUAUAUGUCAAAAGGUUGUGAACUCAAUGAUGAGUAUGGAUGUCUGCAUGCUGGUGUGUUGGGAACAUCUAAGAAUAAUGUCGGAAAAGAUAGGGUAACAUCCACAGUGUGUGGUGUUAAAACAAUUAAAAAGGCCUGUGACAUGUACAAUUCAGACAAAGCUUGUUUUUAUUUAUCGGCAGGUUUAAAACGCCUCUUGAGUUCAUUCGUUAGCGACACAACCAUGCGAUACCACUUGUUCGAUUCUCGCGCCUGGCUGGUGGCCGCCGUCUUUGUUACAUUUGUCUGUCAUAGUUUGUCCAAUGCACAAUUGGUCGAUGACAAAUCGGAGAGGACCAACGUGAGCGUGGAUGUUUAUUAUGAAUCAUUAUGCAGCGAUAGUAUGCGAUGGAUCGUAAAUCAACUCAUACCAUCGUAUUCGGAAUUGAAAAAUCAUCUCCACAUCACGUUGAUUCCUUAUGGUAAAGCUACGCACGCGCGCGAAAGCGAAACCGGUCCAUGGCAGUUCUUGUGUCAACAUGGAUCUGCCGAGUGCCGCGGGAAUAAGGCCCAAGCGUGCGCGAUUCACAGCAUACAGACCUCCGAAGAGGCCCAGAAGCAACAGCAACUGACGGUUAAACUGGUCGGUUGUGCAAUGUCCGCUAGAAAUCCGUCGACCGCUGUUCCGCAGUGCGCUCAAGACAUUGGUCUAACCGAAGGAACACAAAAAUUGAUUAAUGAAUGCAUCGAGAGCUCGUUCGGAGACGAUUUGCUCGCAGCGAAUGGUGACAAAACGCACAAUCUACAACCACCGCUUAGAUUCGUACCAACGAUAAUAAUUAACGGGGUAUACUCAAAGGAAAAUCAGGACGUGGCACUAAACAAUUUCUCCAAACUAAUUUGUCACCAUUUAACAGAGCAGGAGAAACCGAGUAUUUGCAGCAGUGUGAAUUGAAGAAAAUUAGAAAGGAAGGAUAAAACCGAGUCACACAUUGAAGGUGCGGGGACAAAUAAUCGCUCGGUUAAAAUAAAUGAUAUAUUGUUCGCUUAUAUAAUAUACAUAAGUACCUAUAUACAAAAAUAUAUACGAUUUGUCAAAUAUAACGGACUAAUACAUAUAAAAAUGAUUGUAAA